AAGGAAAAACAACCCCAGCAUCUUCAAACAGAGUAAUCUGUAAAGAAUGUUAUCAGUCGGCAUUAUCGCGGUGUCCUCUAAAGGAGGAAGAGUGCCGUCUCUCAAACGGUUUUAAAAUGGAGACCGAAGACAAGAGAGGUGACCAUGUGACUUGUGUCAAGUGGCCAGCGGUGGUGCAGACUCACCUUAUCUCUGAAGGAGAAAGCGAUGGCUCGCUGCAGUGAUGGCACCGCAGCUCCAGGGCCAGAGCUGUAACAUGAAAACGGCUGUCCGCGGCACUGCCAGGAGUAAAGUGGAUCUAUUUCAAGUCGUGUACUUCGGGAAAGUCCUGCGCAGAGACAUGACCGAGUGGACCCUGCUGAAGCGCCUCCUGGACGCCGUGCACCAGCACUCCACCAUGAUCGGUCGGAUCUGGCUCACCGUCAUGGUGAUCUUCCGGCUCCUCAUCGUCGCCGUGGCCACCGAGGACGUCUACACGGACGAGCAGGAGAUGUUCGUCUGCAACACCAUCCAGCCGGGCUGCUCCAACAUCUGCUACGACUCCUUCGCGCCCAUCUCCCAGCCCAGGUUCUGGGUGUUCCAGAUCAUCACCGUGUCCACGCCGUCCUUGUGCUUCAUCAUCUACACCUGGCACAACCUCUCCAAACAUCCGGAGGGGGAGCACGUUAAAGAGAGCCGAGAGACCUACGACAGGAGUUGCGACUCCGACAGCUGCUCCAUCAAAUCCCACAGACACCUGGGGCACAGCCUGGCAGACGUGCUGGAGGGCAUCGCUGCUCAGAGCAAUCACAAAGCGGCCAGCGGCAGCUCUUCGGGAGUCCUGUCGAAAUACUACGUCUUCCACGUGUGCUUCCGGGCGACCCUGGAGAUCGGCUUCGUCUUCGCCCAGUGGCUCCUGUUCGGGUUCCACGUCCCCUCUCACUUUGUGUGCACCGCCUUCCCCUGCUCCCAGAGGGUGGACUGCUACGUCUCCCGGCCUACGGAGAAGACCGUCUUCCUCGUCUUCAUGUUCUGCGUUGGGAUAUUCUGCAUCUUCCUGAACUUCCUGGAGCUGAACCACUUGGGCUGGAAAAAGAUCAAGACGUCUAUCCGCAUAAAAGAGAGCCCGUGGAGAGGCUACGAGGCCAUAAACCAGGACAGCCAAUCGGUGGCCUCCCUUACAUUCAGGGACAUUACCAGCACCACGUCUCUGCCCACGUUAGACCUGGUGGUGGAACACAAGCCAGACUGGACCUGCACAGGAAACUGCUCCCCGCUUAAAGACGAAAUGGCUGCAGAAGCGCAAAGCCAGGACAACCCCAGAGGAACGCAGUCUGUAAAGAGCAAGACCAGCAAAGGGAGGUCCUCCAAGCAGAGGAGCUCCGAGGUCUGGAUAUAA